AUGAUAUCAGAAGAUUUCCAAACUCAGGUUAUUAUCAAAUCAUUACAAGACUUGGGGUACCAUGAAUUAGCAAGAGAUUUGCUUACUGAGUACAGCAUCCGAGUUCAGAAUCGACAAGCACAAGAAAUUCCACUUUUAUUGAAUUGGUUCCGUCACGCGUUGCGCACGCACGACUACCCUGCUAUUGAUCAAUAUAUAGUCAAAUGUAUCAAGGGCGAAAAUGGCAACGGCAAGGAGUUGAUCAAUUUGACUAAUUACCAAGGUGGAGAAAAAGAUUUUCAGAGUGUUUUGCAUGCUAUUUUGUAUAUGGUUCGAAGAAUGAAUUUUUUUGAAAAUAGAGAAAAGUUGGGUGAUUUACAAUUCAUAUCACAGCAGUUGUUGCCCUUGCUUGCACGUAUCAAUAAAAACGAACUUUGCGGCUUGUUCGAGCCCUAUAUCUUGGAAAAACUCGAAUUUGAACAAGAAAGUCAAAUAUAUCUAAAUAAAGAUAUAUCUGCCAAACACUACUAUUUCAACCUAGCUAAUGUCGAAGAAAAUAACAUCUAUCAAAUCCAAGAUAUCAUAUUUCAAAAACUAUUCAAGUUAUCGUCCUCAGUUUUCAAUUCUAUAACCAAUGUGCCACAACUUUCUACGUUAAUAGAACAAUCAGUCAAAUAUAGACAGUCACAAUCACCACUAUACAUUCCACCAAGAACCAAACAGGAACUCAAGAAAAUAACAACUACUACUGAUCCUUCUUCUUCUUCUUUUUCUUCGUUUCAAACACACAAUUUCAAUGUUACUAAACACUUGCACACACUAACUCACCAUUUGGAUGAAGUUUGGUUCUUGAAGUUUUCACCGCUGGGAAAGUAUUUAGUAACAGGUUCAUUGGAUGGAAGAAUGAUACUUUAUGACGUGUAUGAUAAUUUCAAAUUAAUCAAAGUUCUUGAACCAACAAAUGCAUUAGAUGAUGCUGCAUUUGUGCCAUUUUCAACAAAGCCAUCACCGGGCAAAACGAAAGCAGUGAUUUAUUGUUGCUGGGACUCAAAAGAACAAUACAUUGUUAGCUGUUGUCUAGAUACAGUUAUCCGAGUUUGGUCUAUAGGAGAUAUUCACAAAAAGAGAAUGACUCGAAGCGAAACUCAUUCGGCUCAUGAUAUUAAGCUAAUGACCUGUUUCACAUUAGGCCAAGAUGUGAAGACUUGGUCAUGUGAGUUUCUUCCACCGUCCAAUUCAACUUCUACUUCAACUUCUUCAACACCAUACUUUAUCAUUGGUUCCCCUGAUAAAGUGUUGAAAAUAUUUGAUUGUACCGGGGUAGAAAUUUUUGAUUUCUACUCAAAUGCAGAUGACGAGACUGCGAGUUAUGAAAUUCUUUGCAAAGAGAUUAAUUUCUUGCGGAGCCGACACCGUACUUCCUCGCAACAAGCUCUUCCAAAGGGAGAUGAUGUCUCUAUGAAGGAUGCAGACGAUGCAGCAGGAGCAGCAGCAGGAGCAGGAGGAGCAGCAGGAGCAGGAGGAGCAGCAGCAGCAGCAGGAGCAACAGGAGCAGCAGCAACAAAUUCAAACGGCGACAACAACGAGAAUCCAUUUUACAGAAUCAACGAUCUUGCUAUAACGCCAAACGGGAAACUUUUAAUAACAGCAAAUAACGAUCAGCAACUACAUUUCUUUAGUAUACCAGAUGCAUUUGACGAAGGAUCAACUACUCGAAAAUUGGCGGCAAUCAAUUUACGAGGUCGAUUAACAUCAUGCUCGGUUUCAUCAAAUGGGAAAUACGUUUUAAUAAGCUCGGCACCUGACGAAUUGCAAGUUUGGGAUAUUUCACCAUUGUACAAUUUAAGACCACCAAUAUUGUAUCGCAAAUAUAUCGGACACAGUCAAAGUUCAUACAUAGUUAGAUCAUCAUUUGGCUAUCUAAAUGAAGAAACAGGAGAAGAAGAGUUAGUCUUAAGUGGCAGUGAUGAUGGGUUUGUUUAUUUCUGGAAAUUACAUACUGGUCAAUUAAUCACUAGAGUUAAAGCACACAAUGACUUAUGCAAUGCAGUUGAUUGGAAUUUGAAAGGUGGAAUUUAUAAAAAUAUGGACUUUGGUAAAUUAUGGGGUAGUGUUGGUGAUGACAAGUUGGUGAAGAUCUGGGGUACAUAA